GCCGCCCACCGGCUACCUGGAUAUGAAACUUCGUAACCCGGGAAACGGGUUACAAAUCGAUUUUAUAGUUCAGCGGUCGAGAAAUGUUUUCACCCACAUACUUGGAGAAGUAUUUUGUGAUUCAGGUAACGCGCGCUGUUCGGGUGGGGUAGCGGGCGGUGUGUUCACGGACCAGACAACUGCAGUGGGCUCCGUUGAAUGUGGUUAUACACGUUCCGGGGCGCCGCUGUCAGGCACAGUGCCUCCGUAACGCCACAGCUUCAGUCGGUGAAACACACACUGAGUGAUGCUCGACCAGCCAGCACCAUCCCUCACAGAUCUGAAAAGGAGGUGACUCGAUCAGCAUAUGAAAUUCUCCAGGUCAUCUCCUGGAGGAAACACUAGAGCUGCUCUGCCUACCUACGGAUAUCAGAUCAAACCAAUAACGAUGCAUGGCCUGUAAGCAGCCAAUCAUGGCUCAUAGGAAGAGGCCAGGGACGAGCGGAGGAAACAGUAUGGCUGCUCCAGGCCCUGUCUCCUGUCCCACCCCUCAUCCUACGGAGCCAUGCGACCUGAAAGCCCUCCCCCCUCGGCAACGCCCAGUCCGCUACCCCAAAGAAUCACAUGAUCCGAAACCCCUCCCCCGAUCCUGUAAGGCACAAUAUUCUUCUCCCAAGUCUCGAGACGUGGGCCGCAAUCGUCCAGACGUGGACGCAGACGCAGAGGUCGAAGUGAAGAGGUACGGCAGCCAAGCAGAUGCACAACUGGAAGAUCAGCGGCCUGAAACACCCUCCACGCCUGAGCACAAACACGACCGAGAUGACCACGACCAGGCGGACUUCCACGGUGGAGCCGACAGCCUGGACGAUGACUCCAGCUCCGACUAUAUCAACAACACCUCAGAUGACGAGGAAGACUAUGACGACGGACUGGCAGAGGAGGACGAGGGUGUGACUUACUACAUCCGCUACUGCCCAGAGGACGACAGCUACCUGGAGGGUAUGGACUGCAGCAGCCAGGGAGACUGCAACCACAGUCACAGCCACAGCCAGGGGGACUGCACCGGCACCAUGCAGCCGGUCGGACCCCACACCGAUGAAUGCCAGGAGGCUGUGGAAGGAUGGGUGGAGGAGGGAGAGGCCGAGGGGGAGGUGAGAGAGGAGGAAUGGGUGGAGGACGAGGAGGGAGAGGGAGCAGCGAGGGAAGAGUGGAGAGAAGAGGAGGAAGAGGUGAGGGAAGAGUGGAGAGAGGAAGAUGAGGAAGCGAGGGAGGAGUGGAGGGAGGAAGAUGAGGAAGCGAGGGAGGAGUGGAGGGAGGAGGGCCAGGUCAGGCAGGAGCAGUGGGCGGGACGAGAGAGGCACAGGGUGGAGGAGUGGGGCGAGGGAGAGGGGGAGGUCCGCUGUGAGGUGGUGGAGCAAGAUCCGGACGAGCAGAUAUACAACGGAAGACCAGAGCCGAUCCUGGACCAUCACCACCACCAUCACCACCACCACCACCAGCCCUCCCUGCAAGACACCCUGCACACCCGUGAGGAGGAGGAGGAGGAGGCAGAGAGCGAGGAGUACUGCCCUAAUGAGGAAGAAGAUGAGGAAGGCGAUGAGGAGGAGAGACACGGAAGGGCCUACACCGGAGACUACUAUGCCCCCGAGGACAAUGGGAACUCAGUGCGAGUCUCUCCGUACCGUGGCCGUAAAGUGCUGGUGGUAGAGGGGGAGACGGGUGAGGAGGCCGAGGAGGACAUUGACCAAAUUGUCGCCGAGAUCAAGAUGAGCAUGAGCAUGGGGAGUCUAAGCAGCGGCACUGACCAAAGCCCAGAGGAGUUGGCGCAGGACCCCGCACCGAGCGACUACCCUCACGCCAAGCCUGACGCGGCCCCUUACCCACCAGUUCACCACCGCCACGACAGCAGGCCCAAGUCCCUGAAUCUCCCCUCCAUGCACCACAACAACCCCGACCUUCAGAGGGGCAUCAAGGCACAUCCACGCUCCCCCGAGGACAGGCAGAGAUGGCCACAGGAGCAGGUGAGCAAUGCUGCAGAGCAACCCAGAAAACAGCAGCGCUCCGACCUCAACGUUCCCCUGGAGAACAACAAUGUACCGGAGCCAACAAAGAAGGUUGCGUCGUUCCCCAGCUUUGUCGAUGUCCCAGGACCCUGCGAGCCAGAAGACCUGAUUGAUGGAAUUAUCUUUGCUGCUAACUACCUGGGCUCCACUCAGCUGCUGUCUGAGAGGAACCCCUCCAAGAACAUACGCAUGAUGCAGGCCCAGGAGGCUGUCAGCAGGGUCAAGAGGGUACAGAAGGCUGCCAAAAUCAAGAAAAAGGCGAGCGCAGACGGAGACGCUCAAACCCUCACCGAGGUCGAUCUGUUCAUCUCCACGCAGAGGAUCAAAGUCCUCAACGCAGACUCGCAGGAGACGAUGAUGGACAACGCGCUCCGCACCAUAUCCUACAUCGCUGACAUUGGGAACAUCGUGGUGCUGAUGGCGAGACGCCGGAUGCCGCGCACGGCCUCGCAGGACUGCAUUGAAACUACGCCCGGGGCGCCAGAAGCAAAGAAGCAGUACAAGAUGAUAUGCCACGUCUUCGAGUCUGAGGAUGCCCAGCUUAUCGCUCAGUCCAUCGGCCAGGCGUUCAGCGUCGCUUACCAGGAGUUUCUGAGAGCCAAUGGCAUCAACCCCGAGGACCUGAGCCAGAAGGAGUACAGCGACAUCAUCAACACGCAGGAGAUGUACAAUGACGACCUCAUUCACUUCUCCAACUCUGAAAACUGCAAAGAGCUGCAGCUGGAGAAGAGCAAAGGGGAGAUCCUGGGCGUGGUGAUUGUGGAGUCCGGCUGGGGCUCCAUCCUGCCCACGGUGAUCUUAGCCAACAUGAUGAACGGCGGGCCAGCGGCUCGCUCUGGCAAGCUCAGCAUCGGAGACCAGAUCAUGUCCAUCAACAACACCAGCCUCGUGGGGCUGCCGCUCGCCACCUGUCAGGGAAUCAUUAAGGGCUUAAAGAACCAGGUCCAGGUGAAGAUGAACAUUGUCAGCUGCCCUCCUGUUACCACCGUCCUCAUCAAGAGACCAGAUCUUAAAUAUCAGCUGGGCUUCAGCGUCCAGAACGGCAUCAUAUGCAGCCUGAUGAGAGGAGGUAUCGCCGAGCGAGGUGGGGUCCGAGUGGGUCACAGGAUCAUCGAGAUCAACGGGCAGAGCGUGGUGGCCACAGCACACGAGAAGAUCGUCCAGGCCCUCUCCAACUCUGUUGGCGAGAUCCACAUGAAGACCAUGCCGGCAGCCAUGUUCCGACUCCUAACAGGGCAGGAGACGCCCAUGUACAUAUGAACGACGGCCGGGAACCGUUCUCCAGGACGGGCUGUCAGCUGUGAUUGGUCAUCUCACAGGGCAGACCAAGCUGACCGGUGAUCUCCCUGUCCAUCCAUUUAUCUCUGUUCAUUUCUCUUUUCUUUGAGCUGAUGACUUCAGUUCUUCAUCAUCUCUCCCUUGUCUGUGCUUAACAUGCAGCGGCCAUUUUAUUGACACAAGAUGCUUUUUCCAUCUUUCUGGCUGACGACACAGUGUGUGUGUGUGGAUACUGUUUGUUAUUUAUUUGUCCUGUCUGUGCUUCUCUCUGUGUGUGAUUGUGUUGGACGGACUUAUCGAGUGACUGGCAUCACAGUUUAUUUUUUUUAUAUUCAUAUAAUGCAAUAUGAUACUUCUGCUAUACUUCUUGUAUAGUUUCAUUUUCCUCUCUCUUUAUUUAUUUGUCAUGUAAAUACAUAUUUUGCUAAUAUUGUGACUGAAGGCAGCGGGGGAGGGGAGGGGCCACAGCUGCACUGUAAAUAUUUAUUGACCUCGAUGAUGGCAAAGACACAAUUAAAUGCCGGAUAUCGCAGUAGUUGCCAGCGAAAAGGGGAAAUUACUUUAGUGUUUGAAAUGUCGGUAAGUCGAUAUAAUGUACAUGUGAAUCAAAGCGAUGCCCGCAGCAGGGGUUUAUGGGAGAAACGCCAUAUCCUUUUGAUUUCCGUCAUUUUACGGCAAUACACGAGUUCCACCUCCGAAUGGCAAGAUUAAGUCUUUUCUAAAUCUCAUGUACAAACACUCACACACACAUUUAAAUAACAAGCAACUGAAUUAAACUAUUAACAUGCAUUAAUUAUGCUUUUGAUAUCAAAGUCACACGAAUGAAAACUGAAGUUUCUUUUGCGUGCUACUCUACUGUAUGUUCAUCUUUAGUGUUCCUGACUGAAACUCAUGAAUACUGAGUGGAUUGUGAAUGUAACUGUGUUGUGUGAGCUGUCCCAUUUGCCAUAAGCAGUAUUAGAAUGUCUGUACAUAAAGAGAAACUUGUCUAGUAUUGUGCUCAUGUAAAAAACAAACAAAAAAAAACAAAAACAACAACAAAACACACAGGUUUAGUCACUGCAAACAUCCUCCCACCUGUAUGUUGGCUUUCAGUCUGGAGAGGGAAAGAGAGAACUGUGAAUCACACACUGUGACAGAAAAAAAAGCCUUACCACAGAGUAACGGUUUUACGAUGCAUUGUAGUAAAUUUUAACCAUAUGAACAUUAUCUGUGUGCAUGCCUCGUAAAGUAGUAUCAUGUCAUUGUGGCAAGAUAAUAAAAUCUGAGCUAAACCUGG